AUGCAGUUUAGGCAUGUCUUCAUGAUCGCCAUCAUCUCUCAGUUCUCCGCCCCGCUUAUGGACACCCCAAUCACCAUUGCCCGAUCAAAUGCGUAUUCUUCGGGACUCGUUUUUAGGACCGAGUUGGCGGAGUCAGUCCUGAAUCACCUCCAUCGUUUCCAGUCCGACCACUUCGGACACCAGCUGGCGUCAGACUUCAUGGUGAAAACUCGCUCCAUGUCAACAUCGCAGUCGGAAGACCUCUCGGAAUCGGCCCUCCACGAAUCGCAAGAAGAAAAGUCUGGAGCUGUUGAGCCCGGCCUCGAUGAUCCAUUGCACAAUUACUAUGGCAUUGGUUGCGGUUAUGAACAGGAACUCGAUGAUCUCUCCGAAAUCAUUGACGUUGAGGCCGGGCUCGAUGCUUCACUAAACCUUUACGAAUGCACCUGGAAUCGAGAUCCCGGAAUUGCCUUUGAUAUGAUAAAACCUUCGGUAUCAGCGGACUCUGGCUACGUAGACGGUCAGGAAGAUGAUCAGGAGGAUGACCAGAAAGAUGAACAGGAAGAUGACCAGGAAGAUGACCAGGAAGAUGACCAGGAAGAUGGCCAGGAGGAUGGCCUGGCAGAAUAUGCAGACGUGAUGGACACCCGCGGUUGGGAGGCAUGCAUGUGCGAGUCUAUCCGCGUGACCGAAGCAACGUUCACGGAAGCUAGAGAUACCAACGAGAUUAUGGACGAGACGUUAUCCAUUCCAGGAGGAUUGGUGGACCAAGAUGGCCGGGUUUCAUGCUUCAAGGGCACAGAAACUCCCGCCUCCCAGUCGUCUUCGGCUUCCGCCAUCACACAAGUGUCAGGCACAACGGAUUCGGACAUAGCAGCAGAUAUGAUGUCCACUGUUGGUGCUCAAGAUAUCUACGACAAGGUGUUGGACUUUUUCAGCCGCUUCAUUGAGUUCAAACUUCGCAUCACCGGAACUCAGCAGCGAGAAUCACAGCAUCAAACUGCGAAAGGCAAGGGGAAGCGAGUCUUCCAGGAAGACGAUAAUUUUGAUGAUCCUGGCGAAGCCCCGGACGAUGAGCAUCCCGAGGCCAAACGAAGAAAGACCGAGAAGCUGAAGAUUGCGUGUCCGUACACGAAGCGGUAUCCUACGGAGUUUUGUUCGUGGAGAACCUGCGUGGGCCCUGGGUUCGACGGAAUGAAUCGAAUGAAGGAGCACCUUAGGCGAAAACAUUUCAAAGAGAACGGCUGCCACCGCUGUGGGUUAUAUCUUGAGUCUAACCAGGCGCUCCAAGACCACCUAAGAUCACUUGAUAUUUGUCCUGUCAAAGUGAUCCUACCGCAAAUGGGUUUCAUGACUCAGAUUCAAUCGGAAGAGAUCGGCAAGAAGCGCCAGGUUCAUACAGUACCGCUUCUACAGCGCUGGAAGGAAAUCUAUCUUAUUCUUUUUCCCGAUGCCGAUGAGGAUACAAUACCCGGCCCCUACUUCGAGGCUACCGAGACUUCCGAUGGUCUGUCAAACAUCUUCGAUCCGCAGGAAUAUGAGAGCUUCUUGAAGCGGCAACUGCCGGCACGCAUUCUCAUGAACCUGAAUCGCGAAUUCCAGAUCAUCUCUGAUCGCGCCAAAGCGAAGCUUGCAGAAAUGUUGCAAGAGGAGUCGUUGGAGGUCCUCAAGGCCUACGUCCUUCAGAAAGGCGGCAGCUCAUCCCAGACACUGCAGACAGACUCUUCAGGAUCAGAGCUAUUGGAUCCAGGGGCAAUUGACAACGGUCUCUUUGACAAUAUUGAAGCACUGGGAGGUGAGGGGCAAGAUGCGUUCGACUUUUCAUUCUUGGAGGCAUUUUGCCAGCAAGCGGACAAGGAAGGGUCUGAGCAAACAGACUCCGGACAUGGAUCAUCAGUCAUGUAG